CGAAAUCAUCGACGAACUCGGCCGCGGCGUCCACGGCAAGGUCAAGCUGGGCAAGGACCUGGUGCACGGACGGUACGUCGCAAUCAAGAUCGUCGACCGGUACUCGAAGCGCCGACGCUUGGGCAAGAACAAUAGCCACGAAGACAAGAUUAAGCGCGAGAUUGCCAUUCUCAAAAAGGCCCGACACCCCAACAUUGUCAGCUUGCUCGAAGUCAUCGACGACCCGGCUAAGAAGAAGGUCUACAUUGUACUCGAGCACGUUGAGCUUGGCGAGGUCAAGUGGAGGACCGAAGGUGCCAAGGAAAUCUGUCUCGUCGAAUGGCGCCGCUUCAAACGAGAAUCCCAAGGCGUCUUCGACAACGACAGUGCCCUACGCCAAGACGAAAAGAUUAUCCGCGUGGCCCACAAAAAGCUUGCCUGCCAGCAACGUCAUGCCGCCAAGGAGGCUCACUUUCGCCGCAAAGAAGGCUCAUCAGACCUGGCCUGGAGCCUUGAAAUGGGAAUGGAAUCCGAAGAUGAAUACUCUGAAAACGGCCGGUGCUCACAAUCAUCCACCCGUGACGAUGAGCGCCCGCGCAGUCGAGUUCAGACGCGCGAGCGACAGGACGCCGGCAGCUACCACGACGACCACAUGGAGACUGCUUUCCGCUCACCCGAGCCCACAAGCACCUCUUGGGCCGACGGCCUCGAAGGAACCAUGUACGGCCCCUACGACUCAGACCUCGCUCGAGGGCGCGUGCCGAGCAUUGCUGGCAGCUCAUCAUCUCGCGUGACAGACCCAGACGAGGAGAUACCCGAGCACUUCAACUAUGUUCCGCUCAUGACCACGCAUGCUGCCUGGGAAGCCUUCAAGGACACUGUCCUCGGCAUAGAGUAUCUGCACUACCAAAACGUCAUCCACCGCGACAUCAAGCCAGCCAAUCUCCUGGUGACCAGGGAGCAUCGCAUCAAGAUAUCAGACUUUGGUGUCUCGUACCUGGGACGACCAAAGACGGACGAUGCCAACGGCGAUCAGUCAGAGACUGAGCAACAAGAGGCCGACGAAGCCAUUGAACUGGCAAAGACGGUCGGCACCCCAGCCUUUUACGCCCCUGAGCUUUGUCGCACAGAGACGGACGCAGAAACGCCCCUGAUCGACGGCGGAAUCGACAUUUGGGCCCUUGGCGUGACACUCUACUGCCUUAUCUACGGCCGUGUACCGUUUCACGACACCAACACCUUCACCUUGAUGAAGGUCAUCAGCGAAGAUGAGCCUUACAUCCCCAGGUUCCGCUUGAAGCCCGUGGCCGAGCACUCCAACUCGCGGCCAAACUCACAUGGGCGCAACACGCAACCCAUGAUGAGCAGUAAGAGAGCCCCGCACGACCUUGAGUAUGAAGAGGUCGACGAGAACCUGCGUGACCUCCUGCGGCGCCUGCUGAUCAAGGACGCGCGAGACCGCAUCACCAUACCAGAAAUCAAGCGCCACCCCUGGGUGCUCUCCGGUAUUCCCAACCACAUCUCGUGGGCCGAAGAAACCGACCCCAGCAGAUCAUUUGAGGGUAGGAAGAUCCAAAUUUCCAAGGAGGAUGUUGAAGAGGCCGUUGUUCCUAUUGGCUUCGUCGACCGUCUCCGCUCAGCUGCCAAGAAGACGUCCGAGUUUGUCAAGGGCUUCACCACUCGCAGCUCGGGCUCAAGACGUCGCGCCCAGAGCUCAGCCGCCAACCCGGAUGGGCCUGCAAGCAUCAGCGCAAACUCUUCGAGUAGUACCAUCAGUCAAGAUGCCCGACCGCAAGAGGGCAGACGUGGCAGUCUGGCACCUGGUGCCAUCCUGGAGAUCUUGACCCGCUCACGUGAGUCGGAACACCCUCUUUCACACAGCGUCACGGCAAGCCCAGAGGCAAAGGAGCGAUCAAAGUACUUUGACAGCCCCAGUUCUCGGACUGCAUCACCCGCACAAAACACCGAGAGCCAGCGGCCCCCGAUGCAGGACCGUGCCUUUUCGUCCAUCAACACUAUACGACAAGCAGACCUGCUGGGCCGAUCAGCGUCACCGGGGCUUCCUCCUGCGUUGCCCGGCACUCCCAUGGCCCUAGACACGCCUAGUGGCUCGCAGCUAGGCGGUCUAUUUGGCGGCCUUCCACGACGCGUGGUCAACAGCAUGAGGAGCAAAGACAGGCUAAGGCCCCCAAAAGAGCACAGCCGCGCGAGAUCAAUCGAUAGAAUAGUUGGGUGUGACGACGACGCGCAUGGCGUUCCAAGCCUCGCCAUCAGCACUACGUGUGCUUCUGGUCAAGUCAACCAACCCGAGGCCCUGAAGGAGAUGUCACCCAUUGCCAGAACUUCGUCACCCGCAAACUCCGAAGGACUCUCUUUCAGCAACCUCGACGACUCGUCGCGGCAAUCCUCACUGUCUUCCAUGUCUUCUCGCCUGCACAGAAACUGGGCUACCAUACACGAGCUCGAGACUGGCCCUUCGUUGGGCAUCACGUCAGAUUGCCGGUCAGCGCCAUACCAGUCUCAGCCGAGUGAUCAGCGACCCUCUAGCUCUGCGUCUGUAGCGCGUGAAAAGUCCGAAGAGCGUUUUGACCGCGCAAAGGACGAGUACCGUCGGCGGCUAGGGGUCGAGCGGGCCGUAGCCCGUGAGCGGUCCAACUCGGCUGCGCAGCGGCCUCCCUCUUGCCUUGGCCAAGUUGCCUGUCCCCCCAGCCCAGAUGACGAAGUCAUGUUUAAUCAACAGAGUCACCAAGAGUACUGGCACCGAAACGACCCAUCCUCCGAGAAUAGUCCUGUUGGUGGAUCAAGCCGUCGCCUCGCCCUUUCGUCUUCCGAGGACCAGUUCUCAGCCAUGUCACAAUCCGAGUCGAACCCAUCCAUCCCCUCGGUCGCAUCUGCCGACUCGCCCAACCAGGGCGCAUGCGGCUCGUUUGACGAAGAUUCUUGGAUCACUUCAUCGACUGUCCGCUCUUUACCGUCCAACCAAUUCGAGUCUCCAGCAGACGACGCUGCCGGCUACGACGGCGACCAUGCUGUCGAGAGCGAUGAGGAUGACGAUAGUGAAGAAGACGGCCUGAUGAUGGGCUUCUCCAAGAAGAAGGUACCCGUGCACAGCUCCAACCGCAGCAACUCGGUUUCCAAUGGCGAGCUCGCGCGCUCUACCAUCCACCUGGGCCUAAACUCGCGCCGCCGCUCCACUCGUAGUGGAAGCAACGGCACCGUCAAGAAGGUUCCACCUGAGCCAACACCAGGUCACGAGCAAACAUCUGAACCGCAAUAAGAACAAAAC